AUGGCGGAAGGCCGCAUUCAAGGCAAUCAGAUCACUAUCACCAUGUCUCCCAACGCUACAAUUCUCGAUAUCCGUGAGUCAGUUCGGAAGCCGAUUAUCUGCUCCUCGAAUUUCCUCGCAUCACGAGCAGGCCAUACUCGAAAAUCCCUCGAGGCUCAGCGGCGGGACAUCGACAAGCAGACGCGUGAGAUCGAAGCCGCGCUGGAGAAGGCGUACGACAAGGUCAACGAGUUCGAAGGAUGUGACUUGGAAUCAGAUGCAGGACUCAAGCAAUUGUGGGAAGAAGCUCAGCACAAGGUCAAAGAUCUCCAGGAACAGUACCUGACACUCCGUGCAGCACGUGAGUCGUGGCGAACAACGGCGAAUAGGUAUGCGGAGGAUGCGGCGGACGAAGCCGAGGCUGUGAGGCAAGCUGCGCUGGAGAACUUAUUGAACGAGGCAGCUUGGUAA